AUGUCCAAGCUGCUGCAGCGCCUCUCGCUCUCCUCCAAGAAGUCCUCCUCCUCCAGCAUCAGCACCGCCCCCGCCGCCGCCCCCGCCGCUCCCGUCAAGAUGGCCAAGGUCGCUCUCCUCGUCUACUCGCUCUACGGCCACCAGGUCGCCAUGAGCAAGGCCGUCGAGGCCGGUCUCAAGGAGGCCGGCGUCGAGUCCAAGACCUUCCAGGUCCGCGACAUCCUCAGCGAGGAGGUGCUUGGCAAGAUGCACGCCAACAAGUCCCUCACGGCCGACCUGCCCGUGAUCGACCCCGACACGCUCGCCGAGUUCGACGGCUUCAUCGUCUGCGCCGGCACGCGCUACGGCCGCCAGCCGGCGUCCGUGUCCGCCUUCUUCGACCAGACCGGCGGCCUCUGGGCGCGCGGCGCGCUCAAGAACAAGAUGGCCGGCUUCGUCACGUCGACGGGCAGCCAGCACGGCGGCGCCGAGACGACGGCGCUCACGACCAUCCCCUUCCUCGCGCACCACGGCAUCAUCUUUGUGCCGCUCGGCUUCACGCAGCCCGAGCUGUCGACGCUCGACGAGAUCGUCGGCGCCUCGGCCUACGGCGCCGCCACGAUCACCGGCGGUGACGGCUCGCGCCAGCCCACCGAGAAGGACCUCAAGGUCGCCAAGGUGCAGGGCAAGGAGUUCGGCGAGACCGUCGCCCAGUUCAUCCGCGGCAAGUCCGCCUAG